AUGGAUAGGCUGACCCAAUUACAAGAUGCUGUUGACCAGCUUGCCCUUCAAUUCGUCGCGUCCAUCCAUUUCGCCCACAAGCGCCACGACCUCGAAACCCUCGGCCCCAACGACAAGAUCCGCAAAGUGAAGCAAGAGGAGGAGAAAGAAGUUGACCCUCUUCCCGAAGAUGACUUCCGCGCCGGCCUUCUUGAAUUAUCGCGCGAUCUUAUCCUUAAGGAACAGCAGAUCGAAGUUCUUAUCUCGACACUCCCGGGCCUCGAUAGCAGCGAGCGUGACCAGGAGCAGUGCAUAAAGGAACUGGAGGAGGAGCUCAAGGUGGCUGAGGAGCAGCGGCAGGAUGCAUUGAGGGAAAAGGAGAGGGUUGUUGGCCAACUUGAUCGGAUACUGAAGAGUGUGAGGCGGCCGUGA